GCCCUUUCACCCCCCAUCUGUCUCUCUACAAACAUCAAUACUUCAUCAACCCCCUUCAAAUUCGGGUCUCAGCCUCGUUUUAUCAGUAACCAAGAACUAUUCUCUCUCUCGCUCUAAAAGUCAGUCUUUCUCUUUCUGGUUGUAAUAGUAUAAUCAGUCAUGAAGAAGCUGUACAAGAAAGGCACAGUUCAUCCAACGCCGCCGUUGCUUCCAGACCAGCUGCUGUCAUUUUUGCCGGCGACAAUCUUAACUUUAACGGUGGCUCUGUCACCGGAAGACAAAGAGGUUUUGGCAUAUCUUAUCUCUUGCUCUUCUUCUACUAACUUUUCAAACAAUCAUCGUAAAGCCACUGCCGCCGCUGGCACCACCUCUUCUGGUGGUGCAAAGGGGGAUGCUGACCACCCAACUUCUUUCAACUGCUACUGCUUCCGGUGCUACAUGAGCUACUGGGCCAAGUGGGAUUCUUCACCAAAUCGUGAACUGAUACACGAGGUAAUAGAUGCUUUUGAAGAUAGUCUUUUGAUGCAAAACAAGAAAGAUAAAAGCAAGAGGGAAAGGAGGAAGGGUAAAAGUGGCAGAGGGAGUAGUCAAGGCUCCGAGGAGUUGAAAAAGUCUGAGUUGAGUUUGAUUAAGAACGAUUUUGUCGAGUCAAACUCGGCCUCGGAAGGCACUAGUGCUGGCGGCGCUGAGACUGGUGACGUCGAGGAGGAGGAUGAUAGGACGGAGGAAGAACUGGAGAAGGGUUCAGUGGGAAAAUUUGUGAGUUUUCUUGGAGAGAAGAUUUGGGGUGUUUGGAGUUGAAAAGGUUGGUUUAAUCCUCUUUUGGUUAUAAAAUCCAAAGAAUUUUAAUUUUUGGAGCAUUUCUCUUUUGCUGUCUGUUUACUAUACAAUGUAAAUUAUGGGUGGUUAAUGUCCUUUCCUUAAUUUCUCCAUUUCAGAGUAAAUUCUUGCUGCCUAUUUUCUUUGAGCUUAAUUAUCUUUUAGUGGGAAUUGCAUAAGUUUAUUGCAAUAGUUUAUGAAAUAUCAAUUCAAUCU